AUGUUUUUACCACUUUCUAGAACUAAAAAUAAACUUCAAGUACUCGCAAAGCUGUUUGGUUUCGUACCGGCAUGCAGACAAAGCAGACAAAAUCUUGGAUCAUCGACUGCGCAUGGUCGAUAUAUAUUUAGUGCUGCUAUAGACUUAGGUACAACCUAUUCAGGUUACGCCUACAGUUCUAAGGAUGACUAUACUAAGGAACCAACCAAAAUCCAUACAAAUGUUUGGACGGCAUCUAAACUAAUGUCAUUAAAAGCACCUACAGCAGUUCUAUUAGAUUCAAGUCAAGCAUUUGUAGCGUUUGGAUAUGAGGCUGAGAAUAUGUACUCUGAACUGGUAUCGGAGGGUGAACAUGAGGAUUAUUAUUAUUUUCAUAACUUUAAGAUGCUUCUCCAUGAGAGGAGAAUUACAAGAGGUUUAAAGAUAAAAGAUGUGCUUGGUAAAGAGUUGGAAGCCCUGAAGGUGUUUCAGUGUGCAAUUCAGUUCCUGAAGGAUCACUUUUUCAAGAGUAUAUCAGAUAAAAUAAGAGGCAUUCAGGAGAAUCAGAUCGGCUAUGUCCUAACAGUACCUGCCAUAUGGGAAGACUCAGCCAAACAGUUUAUGAGAGAAGCAGCUACUAUGGCUGGUAUAAAAAGCGGCCAGUUGAGUAUUGCUUUAGAGCCUGAAGCAGCUUAUUUUUACUGCCAGAACCUUAAGAUUGAUAGACUGGAAAAGGCAUUUGCACAGAGAGUAAAAGCAGGAAUGAAGUACAUGGUAGUUGACCUUGGAGGUGGAACCGCCGAUAUAACAGUUCAUCAGAGAUAUGGAAGUGGAGUAAAGGAAGUUGUUCCUGCCAGUGGUGGUCCCUGGGGUGGGAAAUCUAUAGAUGAAGCUUUUAGUACGUUACUUAGCAGAAUUGUUGGACCCAAAGUUAUGGAAGAAUUACGAAAAACUGAACUUGAAGACUUUAUUGACUUAUUCAGAGAGUUUGAAACUAAAAAGAGAUCAAUACGUGUAAAUCAAACUAACAAAGUACUCGUCACGUUACCCGUUACCUUAAUUGAUUUAGUAAAAAGCCAUAGAGGUACAAUGGAGACCGCUUUAAAGCAAUCAGGAUAUGGUGAUACAGUUACUUACAGCAAACAAAGGAUUCAUAUUAUGCCUGAUGCAUUCAGAGAUUUGUUCAAACCUACUAUAAGAGCUUUGGUAGAACAUCUUGAAGCUAUGCUUUGUCAGAUAGAGUUACGUGAUUUGAAAACUAUUGUCAUGGUUGGGGGGUUUUCAGAAUGUGAGCUGGUGCAAGACAAAGUCAUGGAGAGAUUUGGAAGAAACAUAACAAUAAUCAUACCUGAAGAGGCAGGGCUUGCAGUUUUAAAAGGAGCAGUAUUAUAUGGUCAUUCAAUAAAUCAAUAGUGGUCGAUCAAAAGGGACAGAAAUUUGGUUAAAAAAUGCUUUAUUCAAUGCAAAUAGACCACUUACGGUGACCAAUAAUUGUAUACUUCUAUGCCAUUUGGUAUCUGAUGGAGAGUUGUCUCAUUGGCAGUCAUUCCACAUUUUCUCUUAUUAACAUUUAUUUUUAUCAUUGCUUGUUUUAUAGUGAUUAAAAUCAUAACACAAUA